AUGCCGCGCAAAGUGGCCGCCCCAGCGCCGCCGCCGCCGGUCGAGCUGCCUGUUGCGGGACCGUCGUCUGCGUCGCGUCGGGCGUCUGUCGAGAAGCGGCGUUUCCAGCCAGCGCGGUCGAGGCGGGGCGGACCCGGCGUCGGGAGCACGCCCAUUGACGAGAUCAUCCUCGACUCUCUCAACCGCCGCCAUGAAUCCGACCCGGUCAUCCCCCCGACGACGCGCUUCCUGCUCACCACAGACUCGAGCGCCGCACCGCGCAUCAAGCAGCCCAGCGCGCCCGCGAACGCGCCCAGCGACCGCGGCGAGGGCAGCUCCCGGUACUUCGAGCAGCCCGCAGUCGUCGCCGCCGCACGCGCCCAGCGCGAGAUCGAGACGCCCGAGUUCUGGAUGCUGCCCGAGCACGCGUCCGUCGGCGGUCGCUUUCGCGCGCGCGCCUCCGAGGAUGUCGGGGCAGACACGUCUGACGCAGCGUACGAGAAGCGACAUCGCAAGUACGAGACGUUCGAGAAGCGGCAGCGGCUGAGGGAAAAGGAGAAGCUCAAGCAUGAACACUACAAGCUCAAGGAGCGCAUAGAGCAGCUACGCGGCAUGGACCCCUCCGCCUUUCUAUCUCUCGACCCCAAGCUUUUCGAACGCGAUGGUGCACCUGCAGGUGAGGAGGAUGCCGAUCCUGCGUCUAUGGACCAUAUCCAGGCGCAAGCUGAAGGCGAACGCCGUAAGGUCGUGCUGCUCCGGGUCGCCGAGUCGCUCGAGGAACGGUACUCCACGCUGUUGAACCCCGACGCACACAAGGCGUCACAGAAUGCUGCCUUUGGGAGCAGUGUCGACGGCUUCUCGCAGGCUGACAGCGAUAAGGACGACGAGGAAGUCGCUGAGGACGCAGACGAAGCCGAGGUCGACGAAGACGAUGUUCUUGAUCAGGACACCGAAGACCAGGAGAUCGGCGAGGAAGACGUCGAUGAGGACGAACCGGCCCCGACAGAGGAUGACGACGACGAUGUCGACCAGCUCGACGAAGAUGUUGACGUUGACAUCGAAGAGCCAGAGCCUCCUCCUCCUCCACAAAACCACAGCACAAAACUCCGUAUUCGCCUACCAGCCCGCGGCUCACUGUCGCUGUCCAACACUCCCACACCCAAACCGCCUUCUAUAUCCUCAGUCACCAACAAGAAAGCCCCGCGAGGGCCGCUCGUACAGACCACACUGUCUGCCUCCGCUCCUCCGCCGUCCGGAACUCGCAAGUCUACACGUUCGACCCGCGCUCGUCCCAUCUCAAAUGGCUCUGCUCCCUCAAACGUCAGCCCUUCCGGCCCUUCACCCCCACACAAGCGUCAACGACUGUCCGAGCCUGUCGACGACCACCUCCCUUUCCCCGAGACUGACUGGCGCAAAAGCAAACUUUACGUUUUCGCCGCGCAGAGUGCGCCCGCCCUCGCGGCCCGCAAGCCUGUACGACACCUCGUAGCCUUCGGAGUCAAACUGCCCGAGAUGCCGCACGAGCAAGAGUUCGAGGUACCCGACUUUGCAUGGCCUGACAGUGUGCCGUGGGAGUACGUCGACGACGGGGAGGACGACGAGGCGAUGGUCGAGGAGGUGGUCGCACUGGAGGAGGACGGGGAUGAGGCGGGUCCGCCGCCGCCUCAGUCUGUGUCGGCGUCGAGUAGCGGGAGGGUGUUGAGGCAUCGCCCUGAAUCAUGA